UUACAAGCCCAUAUCCAAGUUGAAGGGACAUUUCAGCCUCCAAGGGCUCCCAUUGAGUCGUUAGGGCUUAAUUGCCUCUGUAUAUCUAUCAAUUGAUUUGAAUUUCACGAUUCAUCUUAAUCCGUCGAACCGAGCGAACUUCGAAUCCUCGAUCAAUUUUCUUCCUACUUCUCCUGCAGCUAUGACUGAGUACUGGGUUAGUCAAGGCAACAAAUGGUGUGAUUUUUGCAAAAUUUAUAUAUCCAACAACCCUGCUAGUAUCAGAAACCACGAACUUGGUCAGCGUCACAAGGAUAAUGUUUCCAAGAGGCUUACUUCUAUGAGACAAGAGAAAGCUGCCAAAGAGAAGGAACAAAAGGAAGCAGCUCAUGCCCUUGAACAAAUUGAAGCGAAAGCCAAGCGCAGCUACCAGAAGGAUAUAUCAGCUGUCAGAGAAGCCAGAGAUUCUGAUGCAAUUCCUGGAGAAGAGUGGGAGUAUGAUGGCUCUUCAGGCUAUUGCUACAAUCAAAGUAAUGGCUGUUACUAUGAUCCAAAGUCUGGCUUCUACUAUACUGAUGCUUUAGGCAGGUGGGUGACUCGUGAAGAGGCACUUGCUGCAUCUCAAGCUUCUUCAGGUUCAGUACAGAAAAAGCCAAUCCUGAAAAGGCCAUCGUCAUCUUCAGAGGGCGGGUCAUCUUCUGAAAACAAAGUGACUGCAAAAUCUAAAAAUGGAACUGCACCUGGACCGGUUGUUUUGGCAGCUCUGAACCCCAUGAGAUCUGUUAAAGCUGCACCUUCAUCUCUGACCGUUAAUAAGCGAAAAAGGCAAAAUCAGAAACCAAAGGUUGUAUCUGAAGAGGAAGCAGCUGCACUUAAAGCAAGGGAAGCUGCAAGAAAAAGAGUUGAAGAUAGAGAGGCACCAUUGCUUGGCCUUUAUAGACCCUGACUGCAAAUGCUCCUGCAAAGACUUGCUACUUUACUGUCAUGGCUGCCCUCAUAUUAUCUGGACGAAGUCAAGGCCAACCGGUUUUUUUCUGGGUCAGGUAUUAGUAGUUCUUGAUUGAGAUAAGUGAAGAAGAGAAAUUGAGUCUGUACAAUAAGUCUGGUAGACAGGUGUGUUAUGUCAUGGAAGAUCUUCAUCUUCCUGCGUUGUGUAUUUUCAUCUGUUGGUCAAAGGCCUUUUGCCGUGUA